UGAUAAGGAUUUUUAUCAUUUUAACUCUUCUGUAAAUCCCCUUUAAACAAUAUUUUAAAAUUUAGUUCACUUUUAGUGGAUCCAAAAUCUAGAAUAAAGAAAGGCUAUGGAAAUGGAACUGGAGGAAAUUCCCGAGUGCUGUGGCUCCGGCUGUACCAAUUGUGUGUUGGAUGAGAAGUGUAAAAUCUCUGCUGUCGAUAUCGAAGAUAAACCAAGCAUAUUCGAUACCAACUGUUAUCAUCCCUUUAGAUGCGAUUCGAUUGCUCAAUGUUCACCGAACACGUUCCGUUUCCGGUUUAAAUUUCAUUGUCUGCAAAAUUCUGGUACCGAUGAUAAACUUUUAGUAAUCCCUGCAGGCACUCAUCUCAUGAUUAGAGCUCCGAUUGGAUGGCCUAACGAUAGGCGUAUUUUAAAUUCCCUUUUUCAAAAAUGGCGGAAGCAUGCAUCAGCUAGCGACAACGUUGCACCACGUGUUCCGUUGAAAAGGUUAGAGAAACACGAUCAAACGGAAGAGAAUUUGUAUUUUAGCAGACCUUACACCCCGAUUAAAGCGAAUCGGGAGGAGAAGUGGUUUGAUGUUUUGGUUAAACUAGAACCACACGGAGAGAUGUCGGAAUUCUUGCAGACUCUGGAUGUUGGAGCGUUGACAGAAUGGAAAGGAGUCUACGGAAGUUUUUCCUGGAGUCGGAACCGAAGGAAAAACUUGAUUGGAUUUGCACAAGGCGUUGGUUUGGCACCCAUCUAUUCAAUUAUGACAUCCAUUCUUGAAGAUGAGGUCGACGAAACCAGGCUUCAUCUGAUUUACUGCUGUAAGGACGUCGAAAAUAUACUUUUAAGAAAUGAGCUGCUCAGGAUGGCAACUUACUGGAACUUCAAAUGCGAAAUAUAUCUGUCUGGAGAAUCGUGUGAGUGUGGAGGAAAGUCAAGCAUAAGCCAGUGUUUGUCAUCGCGUAAAAAGUACAACGAAACGAUAUUUAAUCACAGAUUAACGAAAUUGGACAUAGAAAAUUUAUUACUCAAGAUCACACAGAAUUCGAGUCAGGUCCUGGUCUGUGGCACUGAAGCCUUUACUAGUUUAAUAGAAACAUGUAUAACAGAUUUGAAUACUAAAGACUUUUACAAAUUUUAA